CCCCGUUCAAGUUUAAAGAUGUCAAACCGCUGGUAAACCUCUUAUGAUAGCCUAGCUUUAGCUUCACUGCAACCGGAAGUUGGUGGGCGGGGCCAGCCUCAUCGGAUGAGGAAAUCACGCGGCACAUCUAUAAAAGCCUCGGGGGGCGGAGACAGACGCCCACUCGCCGAGCAGGCCGUCGGUGAAUGAAGCGGCCCCAUAAAUGUGAGGCCGGAGCCCCGCAGCGGUUGCCCCGUGUCGUCCCCGCCGCCGCGGACCGCCCCGUUCCCCGAUGCUGUGGCGGGUGCUGGCGCUGAUCUGCGCGCUGUCCGCAGAGGCCCACUUCCUGCAGCUGGACAGCAUCAGCAACGUCUCCGCCUACUACUUCAACUACAUCUACUGUAACAUCUGGGAGGGGGACUGCCAGCCACACCAGGACGAUGCCUCGCUGCAAGUUCCCAGCAGGGACCUGUGGGCCGGCCUCUCGCAGGACUCCGUCAGCCUCCUCCAGCGGUGGUACUGCAGUCUGGGUCAGUGCUGCGAGUCUGGAGACUGCAGGGUCACCAACAACAUCACAGGUCUGGCAAAGGACCUCCACACCAAACUCCACGGGCAGCACCUCGUCCAAUCCGUGGUCCUCAAAGCCAUCCAGGGAUUUGUCAACCACCCAGAAUCCAACAAACCCCUCACGCUCUCCUUCCACGGCUGGUCCGGCACCGGCAAGAACUUCGUGGCCCGGAUCAUUGCUGAGAACCUGUACCGGGACGGCGUGAAGAGCGAGUGCGUGCGUUUGUUCAUCGCCCCGUUCCACUUCCCCCACGCCCGACUGGUGGACACGUACAAGGGCCAGCUUAGAGAGGCCAUCCGGGACAUGGUGCUGCGCUGCCCGCAGACGCUCUUCAUCUUUGACGAGGCGGAAAAGCUUCAUCCUGGCUUCAUCGAUGCCAUCAAGCCCUACAUGGAUCACUAUGACAACGUGGAUGGAGUCACCUACCGCAGAGCCAUCUUCCUCUUCCUCAGUAACAUCGGCGGAGCAGCCAUCAAUGAUGUCGCGCUGGACUUUUGGCACUCGGGUCAGAACCGGGAGGACAUCGGUAUGGAAGACCUGGAGCAUCGCCUGCGGGCGGAAACGAUGGACUCUCAAGGUGGGUUUGCUCAGAGCGAGCUGAUGUCCGGACACCUGAUUGAUUUCUUUGUGCCGUUCCUGCCUCUGGAGUACCGCCACGUCAAGCUCUGCGCUCGGGACGCCUACGCGGCCAGAGGCAUCGACGCCGAUGAAGCAACGCUGGAUGAGGUGGCCAAAGCCAUGCUUUAUGUCCCCAAAGAAGAGAGACUGUUCUCAGCCCAAGGAUGCAAGUCCAUCCCACAGAGGAUCAACUUCUUCCUGCCGUGAUCCGGACAAACAGACGGGAGAGACCAGGAGGAGGCGGCGGCCUCCCUCACUAGUCCAUCUGCAACCAGAGCAAAGCCGAAAGGUGUGUCUUCUCUGAUCCGCUCUGUACACCUUCCUCCCCCACCCAAAGAGGUCUGCCCCCCCCCCGAGGCAAAGCUGCCUCUCAGAUUCAGUGAUGGAGGGGGGAGGAGCCUGACCUGAGCAUGGAUCCGCACAGACGGAGGAUGAGGGGCGGCUGCUCUGCUCUGCUUCAUCUGCCUGGUGGAGGUUUCCACCCAGCAGCUGUGCUAAACAGUAUUUAUUUCAUAAAGAUGCGUGUUUUUAUAAAAUCUUUGUGAAACUGCAUGUUAAAACAUUGUUAUAUCUAGUUAUUGAUAUGAUUUGUACCAUGGGUGGACUUUUGGACAUUGACAGAGCGUGUGAGGGGAUCACACCGUCUGCAAACACAACCCUGCUGCUGUCUUUGCACUCUUAACACACACCACUACUUUGGUUCAGUGUCCCUCCACUUUGUUUUUCCUUUAUGAGCGUUACAGGUUUGGGAAAACACAUCGCAGUAUUGAGCUACAAAAUAAAUGUCUCUGUUGAAAAUA